CCUGUGCUGAAUGCAUUAGUCUAAUGAGAUGUUUGCAGCCGGAGAGCAGGGCUGCUGGAAACGAACUGUGAGCUACUAACACACGGGUGGAAGAUUAGCUUUUGUAAUACUCGGUUUGCAUGUACCGAAAGUCAUCUGUCUUCUGAGUCAACAUUCCCGGCCUGGUAAAGAACCUGAUCAGGGCUCUGGUGAACAAGCCGUAGCACCUCUUCUGCCCGUGAGCGAUUUGUCACUUCCUUCUGUAAGACUGGCACCAGCAGACAUGCAGUCUCAGAGGAUCCCGGGGAGAAAGCGAGGCCGACCCCCACUGCACUCAACACCUAUGAAGAUGGCAGUGCAUAACCUUUAUUCUGCUUCAGCUGGUUCUUUGCCAGCAGCGAAGAUCCCAAAGAAAAGAGGGCGGAAGCCUGGGUACAAGCUCAAGUCUCGGGUUCUUAUGACUCCUUUAGCCCUCUCGCCUCCGCGGAGCACACCGGAGCCCGACCUCAGCUCCAUCCCUCAGGAUGCAGCCACCAUACCCAGCUUGGCCGCCCCACAGGCUCUCACAGUCUGCCUCUACAUCAACAAGCAAGCCAACGCAGGGCCAUACCUGGAGAGGAGGAAGGUGCAGCAGCUCCCUGAGCACUUCGGGCCCGAGAGGCCGUCGGCAGUCUUGCAGCAGGCCGUGCAAGCGUGCAUUGACUGUGCCCACCAGCAGAAGCUUGUCUUCUCCCUGGUCAAACAAGGCUAUGGUGGUGAGAUGGUAUCAGUGUCGGCAUCCUUCGAUGGGAAACAGCACCUGCGGAGCCUGCCUGUGGUGAACAGCAUCGGGUACGUCCUCCGUUUCCUCGCCAAGCUGUGCCGAAGCCUUCUGUGUGAUGACCUCUUCAGCCACCAGCCUUUCCCCAGGGGCUCCAGUGGCUCUGAGGAAACCCAGGAAAAGAAGGAAGGCAGAAUGGAGUCAGCAAAAACAGUCACCACUGAGGAGUGCCUGGCGAACCCUGUGGGCAUGAACCGCUACAGCAUGGACCCCUCCGCCUCCACCUUUAGCCACAGGGGCUCCUUGCCCACCUCUUCCUCGCUGUACUGCAAGAGACAGAACUCUGGAGAUGGCCACCUUGGGGGAGUCUUGGCCACCACUGCCAGUGGUCCCCGCUCCAGCCCCAUGUCCUCUGGAGGCCCCUUGACACCUGGGCUGAGGCCCCCAGGCUCCAGCCCCAAGAGAAACGGGACCCCUCUUGAAGGAAACAGAUGUGCCUCAAGCCCUUCCCCAGACGGACAGGAUGCCAGGCGGCCCCGGAGCAGGAACCCCUCCACCUGGACUGUGGAGGAUGUGGUCUGGUUCGUGAAAGACGCUGACCCGCAGGCUCUGGGGCCUCACGUGGAACUCUUCAGAAAGCACGAGAUUGAUGGCAAUGCUCUCUUGUUGCUGAAGAGUGAUAUGAUCAUGAAAUACUUGGGUCUGAAGCUGGGCCCCGCGCUGAAACUGUGCUACCAUAUUGAUAAACUGAAGCAAGCCAAAUUCUGAAGGUUUUUAAAAGAUAGAAGCAAUGUCCAGACAACAGAUCUCAAGAUCAUCUUCUGCCUUACCAACAUCCAGCCACCGUCAUAAAAUGGAUUCUCUUCUUAAAAUUAACAGCCACAAAGACUUGGCCUUUAAAAAAAAAAAAUGUGCAUCUCUGCCUUUAAAAACAAAAAAUUCAACAUGACCCUUUUGAAAGGCUCCUCUGUGUUAAUGAUUUGCCAAAAAUUAUGGAAAAGCCUAUUAUUUUAACAUUCCUGAUAGGCUGGUUGCUCUUAGAGUGGGUCCUAUUUUUAUGAUGAGAGAGCAGGGAACUGAAUGCUAUUGCCCAAGAAGAACCCUGAAGCGUUCUCACAAAGAUGUGAGAAGAAAGACCUCUGUCUCCACCACAGCACCACCUGUCUUUAACUCUGCCCUGGGGACCUAUCAUUGUGAGCCUUGCUUAAUUCAGCUCUGGAAGCCGUCUUAUGAGGGAAAAAUGCCUCACUUUGCACUAUCUGGAAAACUUGAAUUCUUUUGCCCUCUGACAGAGAAGAAAAAAGUCUUUUCUUUUCUAUUCCUAGUUAUUUGAAAUACUGUGUUGUCCCACUAGAGGGCAGACUGUUAAUGAAGUUUCAGGACCCUCACUGCAGUAGCCUGCUGAUCCGGUACUCCGUGGAUGGGUUAGGGUCUCUGUGAACAAGAUCUAGCCUACACAGACACGGGGAAUUUCUUCCACAGUCAGCACCACAGAUUGCAACUUGGGAAGAAACCGUCUCUUAGAGCAUUCUAGUUCAUACCCAGUCAUUAUUGAUGGACUGAGAUGCACAAGCAGCAAAGGCAAAAAUCUGGAAGUAUGUUCUUCCCAGAUGGGGCUUUGGAGUCCCUUCCUUUUCAGAGUCCUUACUGAGGUGUUGAUGUGUUGGCACGCCGAAGAGUCUUAGUGACAUUUAGCCAUGGGUGUUUCUUUAAAAAAGAAGAAGAAAAAUGUCUCAGAUAAGCUUUGAAAUGGAAGAGUGUUGAUUUCUAGUUACAUUGCUGGAUUACGUAGUUGUAUCGCUAGCUAAUUUUUCUAGUUCUCAACAAAUACACAGACAUGCUAUUAUUGGGUUUAAUUCAAUUUACAAAUAGGUUUUCUCCUUCCUCACCGUGAAGUAAUAGAAAAAAAAUUGAUUUUUUACCCCUUUGCAGCUGUGUCCAAGGAAGGACGAUGAAACCACAAUUGAAUAGGCAGGAAGGUGACCUCAUCUCCAUUCUUUUUAUUCUUCUCCUUUCUUUCUGUCCCUCUUUCUUUUAUUCUUCCUUCCUCACUGAACAGGAAGCGUAUCUUCAAACUGAAUUCACCUUCGCCAUGGGCAUAUCCUCUUAAAACAUCUAUAGCGUUGGAGGUGAGGAGAUGAAUGCUAGACUUUGCAAUCUCUGGGAGGGAGAGGAUCAAGGAAAGCUCAGGGCCUCCCAUGGCCAAGAUGCAAGUUAGGGAAAGCACACCUUCCUCUGGGAUGCAGCCGGCAGAGCAGAGCAGGGGUCUCACCUGAUGGCUGGAGCAGGGUGGGAUUUCAGCCCCUCAUCCUUCAACCAGGUGCCCUGGUGCAGGACAGGGGCUGUACGACCUUGAGGACAGCCAGGGUAGAUCUGAAUGCUGAUCUUCUCUUCGAUCAGGUAGAACUUAGAUGAAGAUCCUAAGGAAUAUUCCAUGCCAUGCCGUUAGACCCAUUUUGAUGAGCGAUAAUCGAGAAAGCACAUCAUAGCAAAAUCCCUUCUUAGACACACACCUGGUAGCUGGACUGAAAGCAUGGCAGAGAAGGGGAGGAGGAGACCGUCCUAAACCUGGCCCCUGAAUUGAGCUGGAGUCAUCAGGUUGUGGGAGAGCUUCAUGUCUGCUGCUUUCAGCACCUGACAAAGCUACCCCGGUGUCAUCAGGCCUUGGGACAGAGUCUUCCAACAUCUUAGAUAAAAUGACUCUGUCCCUCAGAGUGUAAGUUAAGUGCUCAUGGCUGGUCUGGAGCUAGAUAAGUUCCCUCAAAAGCCAACGUGAAAAUGGUGAGGCCCAGAAAACCCCACCACAACUCGCCCACCCUUUCUGCAUCCGCGGGUUUCCACUCACAUUCCUCUCUCAGACCUGUCGCGCCUCUUCUGCCAACACCUACCUUGUUGAGAGACUUUCAAAGCUUCCUACCCACCCUCACCAGUGCCUCCCUCACUACAAAAGCAGGAGCAUUGGUGCCCCCAAAUUAAAAUCAUCCCCAAACAAUGUCAAAGAGAUACUGUGAGUAGUUUUCGGGGGAGAGAGAUUUUCUCCUCUCAAGUCGAGGAGAAAACUGGAUCCAUGUUCACGUGUAACUGCUCUCACGGAGGUGCGAUCUCAUUUUGCAUUAAACUUUAAGCAGGACAGAUUGCUGAAGCCAUGAUAUUUAAGGUUUGACUUUUUAAAAAUCUCAUUACUCUUAAAAUGAAUGCUGCCAUAUCAGAAAAUAACCCAGGGAGGAAAUUCCUCCUUGCCUGUUUUUGCACUGAAAUGCAAUUAGCCAACCAAAUUAUUGUAGCAAUACUGCAAUUAUAAUUAAUUUUCACCCCUUUCAAAAAUCUUGUCAGACCAGGCAGCUAAAUAGCUCAGCAAAUGUAAAACAUGCCAGGCCAUUUCCUCUAAAUGGACCUUAAAGAGUCAGGCCAUGUGUGUCAUUCUCGUCCAAACGCGAGCUUAUUUUGGGAACCUCACACUUGUUAUUCCAUGGCAGUAGCUUUGCUUCAGGUCGCGGUGAAUAAUGAUAUAGUUUUGCAUAAUUCCAAAUUAGAGUGGGUGAGUGUGUGUGUGCAUGUCCAGACAUUUCCAAUCACCUGUGUCAAACAUUUUUUAAAAAAAAUCUAAAGACAAUUCUAUUGCCUAAAUCAUUUUAAGUGUUUUAUAAGUGCAUGAUUCCCUUUGUGAAGACUUCAGGUAAAAAGAUGUAGGGUGUGUGUGUGUGUGUGUGUGUGUGUGUGUUAGUUCUAACAGUAGUUGGAAGAGCCUAGAAGAGGCCGAGAGCGGAUCAGUUUUACAGUUGCUUGGUUUAGAAUGCCUCCCAGCUGCAACUUGGAGCAGAACCCACUCUAGGCUGUUAUGACCAGCUAUCCCCUCUGCUGCCAGCAGGGUGCGCCCUGGAGGCAGUUGGGGGACGGUUCUGGGGUUCUGGGCCUGCAUCCCACAGGCUGGCUGGCUGGGUCAAGCCAGCCCAGGGCCCCUGUGACUGAGGCAGAGACCUAGCCAGGCAGCCCGUGGGGCAGGGAACAGACGUCUUGAGCGCCUUGUUUAGUGCCCACCAGAGCGUUCACCGGGCUCCCAUCAUUUCUCUUCAGCGGGGCUGCCGAGGUUUUUUCCUUUCAUCAGGAAAAAGGAAUGAAGAACUCCUCAGGAGAACCAAAUGGAAGGAAUCCUGAGCGAAGUUUGGUUUACUUGAGGAGGAAACCAGUGAAAGAGGGAAGAUACAACUAUAAAUUUCAUAGGAAAACAACAAAAAGCACCUCUUCUGACAGCCUCAACCCUUGAAGCAGCAAUAACCUAUUUUUGUAUUUAUGUGCUGUAUAGAAUAUUUUUUUUAAUUAAAAUCAUUUUUUUAAUUAUUUUCUGAGAUUGCUUUAGGAGGAUUUUGUCGUAACUCUGAAGAUAAUCGGAAACUCCCAGCAGUGACCAAGGACUUGAAUUUAGUCAUUGGCAGAAAGUCGGGAAAGAUGGAAACAUUCUCCUUGAUGUCUCCAUAGUCAGGUUUUCAUACAUGUGAGCAGGAGGCGUUCUGAUCUCUCUCUGUCUGGGAAGGUGACAGCCGAAUCCUCUCCCUGGUAAAGUUCCUGUCCUUAACCGUGCCCUGCAUGAAAAAGCCAGAAACCAAAGGCACAAAUAGGUCAUCUCCCUGUCUCGGUAAGAGAAAAAUAGGGCUGACCGCAUUGCCUUUUCCCUAACUGGAUGGUCUUCCUCCCUUCUAAAGAUUGAAAAGGGUGUGUGUAUGCACAUUCAUGCGUGUAUUUAUGAUUGGGUUUGGGAAUUUGAGAUAAAGGUCAUCCAGUGAAAGUUUAUGCAUCAACUGCUUGUGCCAAGGCCCGUGUGCAAGGAGGAUCUGGUACAUGUAUUGCAGACACUCCAACUACUCGAAAAUUCAUUGUGCUUUCACUUUUUGUGGACGUAAUGGAAUUCUGGAACAUUACUUCAAUUCCAGGCUUUAUUUAGAAGUGCUUGGAGAGUGUGGAGCUUUGAGCCUAGGAAAUGGUGUCAUUUUAGGGGCUAGCUUUUUUUUUUAUUAUUAUUAUUAUUCCAAUGGAUCUAAUUUUGCAGACCAGAAAUCAAUGAAUAGAACCCGUUGUAAUGGGGAACAGCAUUUCCAUUGGAGAGGAAGAGCAGUAAACUCUGUCACCCGGGGAAAGAGCCUCUCCUUAAUUUUUGUUCUUUGUAAGCAUGAUGCAAUCAGUGUUUCCUAAUAUUGGGACAAUCCUCUCGCUUCGAACUGUUUCUAUGUAAUUGUGUCACAUAAUGAUAAAUUGUAAUAGGCAAUUUGGUUCUGUAAUUCAGUUUGCCAAGCAUGCAAACAUACGAUAACUAGGUUAAAUGCAAAUAAGCAUUACACUAAGGUACAAAAAACAGGGGAGAAAAAAAACGCUGUGUCCGUAACUUAGAAAGAACAUGAAUUUUAUUCCUCAUGUGCCUCAAAAUGUAGUUUGUUAAAGUUAUUUAUCCUCUCAUUUAAUUUCAUCACAUACUGUUUAUACUAUAAUUAUCUGUGUACGAACAUACAUGUAUUCUUACUGCAUACAUUGACAGAUCUCUCAUGUGCAAUAAGUAGGCUCCAAACAAGCAUGUUGUCGGAGUGAGCCGAUGUGCUCAUUUUUUACGGUAAUAGACGAUUAUAUAUAAGACACCAUAUCAAAACGUGCUUUUAAUUUUUCAAAGCCUUUUUGUUAUUGUACAUAAGCUUUUUUCCUUUGGGCCAAUUUUUUAAUUAUUUAGAGAUCUAUUUUUAAUAUAUUCCUUUGAAUAGUGACUGGUAGGUACACUAGAGUCAGAUAUGUAGUUUCAUUAAAUAAACACUACUGGCCUUAAUGAUUUUAAUAUUUUGGGGUGCUUUUUUCAUUUUUGAUGCAGUAUUCUUUUUUUCUAGUACAGUGUAUUGUGGGCCUGGGAGUGAUUCAAUAAAAUUUCUAAAUCUUAAGAUUCCAAGACAAUGCAGUAUUUUCUGUUCAUGCUGUAAAAAGUAUUUCUGUAUUUUAAUAAAGAAUGGAAUUUAUGUGAGACCGUA